AGUAAUAUCUAUGGGCUGGGGAGAGGGAAAUUUUCUUGUCGUGGAUCGUGAAUACUCUUGAACCGUCGUCACCACAGAAUGUCAUAGUAACGUCAUAAAUGUUGCUGCAGUUGUCACGGGAAUCUUGUAUUCAAAAUGGUUUUAUCGCUGAAAUUGGAGUUGUUUGUCGCCAAGCAGUCCAGAGUUCCUUCUCAGUUUGUUCUGUCUAUUCAAGACUGGAUUUGAUCAUCUGUGGUACAUUUUACCAAUCCGUGUUGCGCAUUUGCUUCUUUCCUACGAUUGCGGUUUGUAUCACAAUUAAAAGGAAUUUGCGGAAUGAUGUUUUAGGCCGUUAUUGGCUGAAUCACAUCAAACGAUUUCAGAUAGUUGUUUUCGCGUUGGCUCUGUCAACAGCUAGGGUGUGUUGAAUAAAUAUCAUCCUUUGUAGCACUGUUAUUUGAUCAAGAGAGCAGAUAAAGUUGAAUUAUUGAAAAAUAUAGCUCGGAGAGCUGCCAGAGACGAAACUUUGCACGAAUCUAUAGUCUUCCAGAGCUUGUAGAAUUGACGAAAACACAUUACCGGCACAUCGAAUUUAGCACUGAGGAACAUAAAGCUGAGUUGGUAGAAUAUGCCUCUUCAGCUGAACAAAGAUUUGUUGCACAAAGGAGUCUACAAGUCAGACAAGACUUUCCCAAUUAAGGUUAAACUCCUAGACAACACAGUUAUCAAUCUUAACCUUCCAUACAAGGCAAGAGGGAGAGAAUGUCUGGAAAAAAUUGCACAAUCUUUGGGUCUAGAAGAGUUGAACUACUUUGGCCUACAAUAUACAAACAAGAAGCAACAGAUGAGAUGGAUUGAGAUGAACAAAGGUGUUAAGAAACAGCUUGAUAGAAAUGGGUACAAUAGUGGAAAAGAAGCAAUGCUUGGUUUCAGAAUUCAGUUUUUUGCUACAGAUUGCCGUAAUUUGCACCAGGAGAUAACAAGGUAUUUGUACUACCUUCAGCUGAAGUCAUUAGUGAUAGAAGAAGUGCUGAAAUGUAGAGAUGAUGUCUCAUUUAGACUUGCUGCAUUAGCUAUUCAAGCUGAGUUUGGUGAUCAUGAUCAAGAGAAGCAUACACUAGAUUUCAUUGAGGAUUUUGUCCUGCUGCCUCAGAGGAUUGCAACUAAUUAUUCUCCCCAGGAAAUCAAUGAGAAGAUCAUGCAUUUACAUCAGAAAAACAGUGGGAUGUCUCCUGCAUCCGCUGAGCUGAAUUACAUUUUGCUGUGUCAACAGAUCGAAGGUUAUGGUGAAGAGGUUUUCACGGCAAAGGACAAAGACGGCACUCGUCUUGAAAUUAUUGCCUCGUUCCUUGGAAUCAAAAUAAAGUCUUCUCUCAAAUUACAUCCAGAGUAUUUCAAAUGGCAAGAAGUUGCGAACAUGGCUUUCAAUAGACAGUACUUCUGUAUUGAACGAAUGAACGCCGGAGAAACAGUUCAGUUUGAAACUGCAGACACCGAAUCUGCGAAGUUCAUUUGGCGCCAAUGCAUAGCUCAACAUCAGUUUUUUAGAUUGCAGCAUAGUACUGUAGAGAGCCCGAAUUUCAGAACCCAACACGAAUUGAUGACUGAUGUUAAGCUCCAAAAUAGAAGUCAAGAAGAUUUGCCUUUUCAAAGAAGAGUAACAUUGACCCGCAAAGAAGGGAGAGAGCGACGUCAAAGAGAGAGAGAAGAUGAACCAGUUGUGAAUGUUGUUGGCAUCUCGAAUGCUGCUUUCAACGAUCUUGACAAUGAUGGUAUUGAUGGAACAACACCUCAGGUUAACAGUAUUACCCAGAAUGCUUUCCUGUCAGUUAGAAGUACUGCGUCAAGUGGAUACGACAGCUCCGAGUCCGGAUCCGGAUCAGAAGCAGGGAGCAUUGGAAGGCUGUCGGGCGGUCGGUAUGAUAUGACAGGCCAAGGGGCAAAGUUGAUGGGAAGCAGUGCAACGUCACCUAUUCUCAGGAGGCAUCAAAAGGAGACACGUGACUUUUUGUUGAAGCAGUUGGAAAAUGUCAUUGCCGAGGACCAAGUUUAUGUUGAAUUUGAACAAGUCUUCUCGAAAAAAUUAAACUGCAAUCUGACAACUGCAUCUUUGGUCGCAAACGCAGAACGGAACAGGAACCGAGAGGUUUUACCAUAUGAAGAAAACAGGGUGAUCUUAGAUGUCAAUAAUAAUCGAGAAAACAAUGAUUAUAUUAAUGCAAGUACUAUCAAAGUCGAUGUUGGCAAAAGCCAGUCUGUUUCCUACGUCGCUGCGCAGUCGCCCUUAGAAAGAACGGUCGAUGAUUUCUGGCAAAUGAUUUGGGAGCAUGGUAUCCAGUUAUGUGUCAUGGUAACCAAAGAGGAGGAAGCUAAGAAGAGAAGAUGUUUUCGUUAUUGGCCUUUCGUGGGAGAGCCACAGUCACAACACGGAAUGUACUCUAUAUCUGUGAAAUUUGAGAAUACUUCAAAGUCAUUCGUCACAAGGGGAUUUACCGUAGAGAAUUCAAAAACACGAGAGACGAAAGAUGUUUAUCAAAUGCAGUACAUGAACUGGCCGGAUGCUGGCAUACCAGAAGAUCCAGCAGAGUUUGUAGAUUUCUUAGAAGAAGUUCGAUCACUCCAGAAGUCAUUGAAAGAUAUGACAUCGUCAAAAAGUGAUUGUAAUCUCUUAGUACAUUGCAGCAAUGGCGCUGGACGAACUGGUGUUUUCAUUCUCUGCGAAACGCUGAUUAAACUGAUUGAAAAUAAUCAGACAUUCGACGUGCCUAUGAUUCUAGCAAGACUUCGAACCCAAAGAAUGUACAUUGUUGAGACUGUCUCUCAGUAUCGGUUUGUUUAUCUCGCUGUUAUCAAUUACCUACAAAGAAACAGAUUGAUAUAAUAUUUAAAGUUUGUAAAUAAUGCCUUUAACUCAAAUAUUUAUGCUCUUUCUCACAAAGAA